UCAUGCACCCCAUAUCGGGUCAUCUACGCCAAGGGUACCACGGAGAUGGGCGAAUUAGGAUUUACCGUCGGUCCGUCGCUUAGCUCGGGACUCAGCGGGCGAGAUUUCACCGUCGAUGGUGUGGACUACCCCGCCGAUAUGGACGGAAUCAACUGUCUUGGUAUGGAAGGCGGUAUUAUCGCCAUGAAGAUGCUGGAGAACGCCGUGGCCCAGUGCCCAGAGCAGAAGAUUUUCAUGUCGGGCUACAGCCAGGGUGCCAUGGUUGCCCGUGAGGCAGUGGCAUUUGCACGACCCGAGGCUCGCAAGCAGGUUAUCGGCGUUGUCACAUUUGGAGAUCCGUUCAAUGGGUCACCGAUUGCGGAUUUCGACUCCAGCAAGAUCAAAAUCUUCUGCUCUUCCUCUGAUGGAGUGUGCAAGGGGGAGUUUUCUAUCAGCCUUGGGCAUCUGGGAUAUGUUGGAACCUCCACUACUCAGGCCGUCUCGUGGAUCAAACAGCAGGCUCGCUGA